GACUGCUGGGACCCAGGUUUGCAGGAGAAGCACUGAGUCCGAAGGCAGAGGAGACAGAAGAAGCUGUACCUGAGCAGAAGCAUCUGCGAACACAGAUUAAACCAUGCUGUGGUUUCUGGUGCUGAGCUAUGCGCUCUGCAUGGGAGGACACGCUGCAGCAGGACAGAGAGAUGGAGAAAUUAUCAGUCAGAUUAAAAUGACAAACCUCGCACUGGCUGAGAUUAAAGAGCUUUUGAAACAGCAGAUUAAAGAGAUAGUAUUCCUGAAGAACACAGUGAUGGAGUGUGAAGCCUGUGGGAUGGGAGGAAUGCAGCCUCGUCCCUCCUGUGUGCCCAACCCCUGCCACCCAGGGGUGAAGUGUAAGGAUACGCCUCAGGGAAUAAAGUGCGGACCCUGUCCAGAGGGCAUGGAGGGUAACGGUACCCACUGUACUGAUGUGGAUGAGUGUACUGUGAUGCCGUGUCAUAUGGGAGUGCGCUGCAUUAACACCUCCCCUGGUUUCCGCUGCGGUGCCUGUCCUGCUGGAUACACCGGCCCCCAGGUCCAAGGCGUCGGCCUCGCCUAUGCUGCUGCCAACAAACAGGUGUGCAGAGAUAUCAAUGAGUGUGAAGGCCUCAACAACGGAGGCUGUGUGGAGAACUCCAUCUGUAUGAACACCCCUGGCUCAUUCAGGUGUGGUCCCUGUAAGACGGGCUACAUUGGGGAUCAGCGGCAAGGCUGUAAGCCAGAGAGAGCCUGUGGGAAUGGCCAACCCAACCCCUGCCACCCUAGCGCUGGGUGCACUGUCCAUCGAGACGGUGUCAUCGAGUGUCAGUGCGGAGUCGGGUGGGCUGGCAAUGGCUACCUCUGCGGGCCGGACAUUGACAUUGAUGGUUUCCCUGAUGAGAAACUGGCCUGUCCUGAGAGGAACUGUAACAAGGAUAAUUGUCUCACUGUUCCCAACUCUGGUCAAGAAGAUGCUGACGGCGACGGAAUGGGAGACGCCUGUGAUGACGAUGCAGAUGGGGAUGGGAUUCCCAACAUGCAGGAUAACUGCGUGUUGGUGCCUAACGUGGACCAGAGGAACAUUGAUGAGGACGACUUUGGCGACGCCUGUGACAACUGCCGCGCCGUCAAAAACAACGACCAAAAAGACACAGAUGUGGACAAAUUCGGUGAUGAGUGUGAUGAAGACAUUGAUGGGGAUGGAAUCCUAAAUCACCUGGAUAACUGCAAAAGGGUUCCCAACCCUGACCAGAAAGAUCGUGAUGGAGACAACGUGGGAGACGCCUGUGACAGCUGCCCUUAUGUUCCAAACCCUGAGCAGACUGAUGUAGAUAACGACUUGAUUGGAGACCCUUGUGACACCAACAAGGACAGUGAUGGAGACGGUCACCAAGACUCACGGGACAACUGUCCAGCCGUCAUCAACAGCUCUCAACUAGACACCGACAAGGAUGGCUUGGGAGACGAGUGUGAUGAUGACGACGACAAUGACGGCAUCCCAGACCUGCUGCCACCUGGUCCAGAUAACUGCCGUCUGAUCCCCAACCCUCUGCAAGAGGACUCUAAUGGUGACGGUGUUGGUAACAUCUGCGAAAAGGAUUUCGACAAUGACACCAUUAUCGACACCAUCGACGUUUGCCCAGAAAAUGCAGAGGUCACCCUCACCGACUUCAGGGAGUACCAGACUGUUGUUUUAGAUCCAGAGGGAGACGCACAGAUCGACCCCAACUGGGUGGUGCUGAACCAGGGAAGAGAGAUUGUCCAGACUAUGAACAGUGAUCCUGGACUGGCUGUUGGCUACACAGCUUUCAGCGGCGUGGAUUUUGAAGGGACGUUUCAUGUAAACACGGUCACAGACGACGACUACGCGGGAUUUAUAUUCGGAUACCAGGACAGCUCCAGUUUCUACGUGGUGAUGUGGAAGCAGGUGGAACAGAUCUAUUGGCAGGCGAACCCGUUCAGAGCUGUGGCAGAACCAGGCAUCCAGCUGAAGGCCGUCAAGUCGGACACGGGUCCAGGUGAAAACCUGAGGAACGCCCUGUGGCACACCGGCGACACAAGCGACCAGGUCAAACUCCUGUGGAAAGAUGCUCGCAACGUUGGCUGGAAGGACAAAACUUCUUACCGCUGGUUCCUCCAACACCGACCCGCCGACGGCUACAUCAGAGUUCGUUUCUACGAGGGUACUCAGAUGGUGGCGGACACAGGCGUCAUCAUAGAUGCCACCAUGAGAGGAGGUCGACUGGGAGUCUUCUGCUUCUCCCAGGAGAACAUCAUCUGGGCCAACCUGCGUUACCGCUGCAACGACACUCUUCCUGAGGACUUUGACACCUACAGAGCCCAGCAGGUCCAGCUGGUGGCCUGAUGAUGACAGACGGGCCCAGGGAAUUCUGGGAAACACUUUGCAAAGCACAACUGGGAUCAGAAAUAAAAUCAUUACGUUGCAAACAUUAAAAAAAAGUCCACCAAACGUGUUUUAAAGUAAAAACUGAUCGACUGUUUUAAACUCCUGACAGAAGAGAAAACUCCACAGGCGUAGAGACUCUUCAGAGGGGAGCAGAAAUAUAACAUGACCUGUACAAAUUGUUUGAAUUGUUUAGCUGUUGUCAAACCAUAAAUAAUUGUGUGACAAAAUAUUGUCUACUGUGAUUUUGGUAAAUCAUGUGCAGUAUCUGGAUGAAUUUCAACUGUAACCGUUUACUGUGGCUGCACAGCAGAUUGUGGAGAUUUAUCAGCAAUGGGAAAUGUUUAUUUUAAGAGGUUAUUCAAAUUGCAAACAUGUCAAAUGCAUUAAGUGCAAAAUAGUAAUCUUCUAAACUUAAUCGUUGAUGAAGCAAAUUAGGUUGAAAACGAUCUAUUUUUAUAAUGUAAAGCAUCUUAUAACAUCUAGAAAAGCAUAAAUCGUAUUAAUGGUGAAGCUCUGUCAUAUUAUACCCUAGAACUUCAAUAAAACCCUAGUCCCAGUUAAACGCCCAGUCCCUUUUAGUAGCCUGGUACACACUGAUCAGUCAAAACAUCAAAACUACUGACAGAUGAAGUACAUAAUAUUAAUCAUGUUGUUACGAUGCAAUGUUCUGCUGGGAAACCAGCCACCUGACACACUCCACCCGACCAAAUCCUAUAGUAGACCAAGUACACACCUUCAUGGCACACAGCUCACCUCCCUGAUGGCAGUGGCCCCCCCAGCAGAACAGCGUGCCAUUAUACACCGCAAAAUCUGCUCAGGAAUGGCCCGAGGGAAUGUGACAAACAGCUUAAGGUGUGACCCCGCUUCCAGAUUCCCCAGAUCCUAAUCUGAUCGAGCAUCUGUGGGACGUGCAGUACCACACUUCACAGGACCAAAAGGAGCCGCCAUCAGUGCCCGGUGCCAGACUACACAGGAAAACCCCAGAGGUCCUGUGUCCAUGCCUCUACAGGUCAGAGUAAAGUCCAAUCCAAGAAGGCCCCACUGUGGAUCAGGGGUAUCUAUGAGGUUCCAGCAUGUCCCACGAAUGCUCGAUCAGAGAACAGGUGGUACCUCUGAGGUAGGUACCCCUGAUGCAACCUGCAACGGUGUUGGAAUGGGUGGAGCAUGUCAACUGACAUCCACAUGAAUGCCAGGACCAAAGGUUUCCACCGCAGAACAAUGCAUUGUAUCAAGAUGAUCAAUGUUAUUCACUUCACCUGGCAGUGGUUUUAAUGUUUUGGCUGAUAGGUGUAGCUACACAUUUUGACAAAUAAAGGCCUGUCACAAUUAGAGGCCUGGUCUGGUUGUCAAACAGUUCAUUUUUUUUCUUUGGAUGUAUAAAACCAGGUUGUUGACAUCCCACUUGAGCUAAUGUUAGUUAGCUGUUUAGAUCGCACAUACAUACACAAAUAUAAAUGUUUAAAAUUUUGUCAGUAUGGAGAUACUACAUAUUGUUAGCUCCGUUAGAUUCUAGAUAAUUUAAUCAUUCAGUUCAUUUUGCUGAAACCAUGAGCGCCAGAUUUACUGCCACGGUAAACAAGAGAGUUGAAAAAAAAGAUGGUGAAUCCCAACUUCUGAAGCUGUCACAUGAUAUGUCCAUUAUACUAAAAUAAAUAAUUCAUAACAGACAGCCUAAUUUGUAUACAAGUAAUAUUCAUACUGGUUUAAAUACACAGUUUGAUUGUAUUUCCUGAUCUUUACUGAGCAACAGUUUUGUGUGAAAGGAAUUAAAGGCCUGUCCCAAAUAAUAGCCCAGGCUAUUAAUUGAAGUUUUACGGUAAUAGCUAUACUGCAAAAAAAA